AUGUUCGGGGUGUUUGGUCCAAUGCGAAAGGCGCAUGAUCGAAUUGUCCAGAAAAUGGGUGAAGUAUUGGACACAUGGAGUGAUCAAAGUGCUAUAGGAGAUAUUUUUGUUGAUGAAGAGGCGUCGUUAACUGAGGCGUAUUCGCCGUAUUUUCAUACACUCGAAGCUUCGCUACAGUAUAUCAAAGAGAAUAGGAAGCAUAAUGCAAAAUUCAACGCAUUUAUCAUAGUACGUUUGUUCAUGGAACGGGAACGCGAUCGAUCUCUUGGAAAACAGAAGCUCGAAUACUUAUUGAACAUUCCAUUUCAACAGAUCACAAGUAGGAUACCUGCUGCUCUGAAAGAAGUCCGAAAACUCACCACAACUAUCGAUCCGGAUCAUGAACCGCUUGGCAAUGCUAUAGCGGCAGUUGACCGGAUGCUUGCGACCAUAAAUGAAAGUAAGCGAAUGUGUGCUGAAAGUGAAACGAUUUACAAGAAGAUACAGAAUUUGCCGAGUCAUUUGCUCAAGUCACCCAAGCAGUUUGUUUGCGGUAUGCAAUUUCUGUCGAAUGGCAGUAAUCCGUGGGCUUUUGCUAUAGUCGAGCUUCUGCUAUUCAAAGAUUGUCUUUUAGUCGCAAAGAAAAUUGAUCCAACGGCCACCUGCGGAAUUCGCAAAGUUAAUAGGACUCUGAAAUUCCUUGAAUACUGCCAUCUCGUUCGUAUACGAGGCGCCAGAAUCAUACAAAACUCAGAUGAUGAGAGAAUGUUGGUAAUCGUUGUACGAAAUCCUACAAAGGAUGCUGAAUGGUAUCUCCAAAUGAUGUAUUCUGACGAUGUGAUCAAUGAGUUCGUCAUGAAACUAGUUGAAGAG